AUGUUGAAGCGCAAUGUUCGCGGAGGGAAACCCUCGGAUUAUCCGCGAUGGCCAUUCCAUGGACUGCGAUGCGCGCAACUACUUUCGUCGAUGACCGUCAGUGGUAUCAUGGCGUACUUUAUAUAUUACCUGAAGAAAGAAAGUUUCCCUAUUCCUUGGACGUUCAUCGUGUUGUUUUCAAUAUCACUCGCGACGAUCGCGUCCCUCCUCAUUACAAUCAUCCUAUAUAACUUUACCUUCCUUUCCCCGCGCUUCAACCUGGGUUUGAACGGAGGCAUAUCAUUUUUCUGGGCCAUGGGCCUGGGGAUGCUCUCCUGGUCCGUGAGCAGCUCCCACGUUCUGAAUAAAGCCUGUACAGGCUCGGUCUGGGGUGGGGAGGCAGAGGCAGGUAUAUGCAGGGACUACAAAACUCUGUGGUCCAUGACUUUAGUCGGCACGGUCUCUACCCUGCUUGCACUCGCUCUAGACCUCCAGACCUGGAAGAAGUCAACGAGACGUGGGGCAUAUGUUAUGCCUGAAGACGAUAAGGAUGCACAGAAAAUGAAUGAUCUGAAGAACCCGCGCGUGAGAGAUGCAGGGUAUGAAGCACCGAGAGAACAAGAUGCUAAUAAAAGCACGGGUUCAACUACGAUAUGGCAAGAGCAAGAUAUUGGAUAUCACAACCAGUAUGGCGCUGAAGAGGCGCACGGUCCACUUGAUGGUGAAGAGAUAAAAGAUAUGCGCUAUCAGAAUCGGCACUUCCGUGACUGA